ACCCCCGUGACCAGGCAACCGCAUCUAGUGCAGCCCCACCUCAGGCUCACUUGGCUGGAGACAUCCGCUCCUGGAAGAUGUUCUCCUGCUGCCGGCCCACCUCUGGGGGCUCUGGCUCCCAGGAACCCCAGGGGUGCCGCUUGUUCCAAUGCUGUAGGCUUUGGCUCCAGCAUAAAAACCAACGCCUCAGGGCGUUUAUCAGGAGGCGCCGUCAGGGUGCAAGGGCCUCGGCCGGGAAGGCGCCUCCCAUCUGCCCGACGAAGCCCAGCCGGACGGAGCUGCUGGAGCAGGAAUUCCAACAACUGCUGCCCGCCUUGCUGCGCAGGGAUGUCAUCUCCGUUUUCAUCUUUUUAGACAACUGUCAUGGAUUUGCCACCACCGACGAGGUGCUGGAUCUGCUGUUUACGAAAUAUGGGUGCAUCGCAGCUGCGUGUGGUGGCGACGACGCGGUCCUGCAGCGCUGGAAACUGGCCAUCUGCUGCAUCCUGGAGAUAUGGAUGGACUAUUAUCAGGAGGACUUUUGUCGGCUCCCCCAAUCUGCCUCCCUGAAGAAGAUUCUGGAAUUCAUAAGGCAGCGCAUGCCAGGCACAGACGUGGAGCUCCGUGCCCGGCGUUACCUGCAACAACUCAGACGCCUCCAUGCAGCGGAGCCAGAGGCUGGGGCUACAGCUUCGGCCCGAGCAAAAGACCCUGAAGCUGAAGCACUUCCGGAGCCCGCCCCAGCCCCAACUGUGGGGCCUGCUGCCUCGGAUGGGCCUGAAGUGCUCGAGGCCGCCCUGGCUGCUGGGGCUGAGGGCUUGGCCCCAGCUGAGGUGCCAGCUGGGGAGGCGAAGCCCCUGCAGAUAGUGGUCACUGCUCUAGAUCACGGCUGCGCCCUGGACGAGCCACGUGCACCUGCGGCCACCCCGGAGGAGGAGCAGGCCCUGGCACCUGCAAUCGGGGUCCCCAGAGUGCCAGAGCCGCCAAUGGCCUCCGGGACAACUGGCUUCAACCUCUGCGCAGCCCCCUGACCACCUCGGGAGCCCGCCCCAGCUCCCACCGCGGGGCUCGUCAUGCCUGCAGCCCAACGGAGGCUUGCCCUUCCCGUGUCAUUUCACUGUUUCUAUAUUUUGAGUUUUUCUUUAACCUGUAAAAUGGCUUAUGAGUUUUAUUGUAAUAAAGUAUAAGUUAACUUCAAACAAAA